ACCGUUUUCAUUUGCAAUUUUGCAAUUUCCAAGCUUUCUGUAUGAUUUCAGCUUGAUUUCGAAUCGAAUUAACAGUAUUUUUUAAUUGAGAAAGGACGAAAAUGGAUUCAAGAACGCGUCAAAAACAGUUCAUGUACUUGUUGGAGAGAAUUGGUGAGCCGUUGUAUGUCAGUCCAAGGGGCCAAGGGAAGUCCCAAGUGGUCUACAGCAUCCCUCAAGAUGCACUGGAAGACUAUGAAGCCAAUGCAAUGGCAUAUCUGAGGAAAACUAUUCCUUCAGGCAGUGACGUCAGCGUGAUAACGGUGAACAAGACGGCAACGCCUUAUGAUUUGACCCCAGUUCAGGUCAUCCCACGAACUGCCGUUUUUAGCUACUUCAGCCCUGUGCAUCAAAAAGCGGCGGAUGCUCUCAUCAAAAUUUUGUCAAGUCAGCCAAAUUUGGAGGAUUAUUUCAAUGCCUGUACCCUGUGCAGAGAUGCUGUAAACCCACAUUUGUGGGUUCACGCUUUCCUUAGCACAGCCAUUCGUCGCGAAGACAUGAAGGGCUUCAUCAUUCCGCAUUUGUGGGAAAUUACUCCUGACUUGUUUUUCGAAGCAAGGUUUCUGCGUGAGGCUCAUAAACAAUCGGCACUUCCCGUGGAGGAUAGAGCUGUGGUGGAAGUCCCUCUGGUCUUUACAGGAUUUGACACCAAUCCGGAGCAUAAAGUAGCAUAUUGGAGAGAAGAUGUUGGUGUGAAUUCAUUUCACUGGCACUGGCAUUUGGUCAACCCAUUUACUGCUCCGAGAGGGUCAAUAGAUCGACAGGGCGAGCUGUUCUAUUCCGCCCAUCAUGAAAUGCUUGGAAGAUACAACACCGAGAGAAUAUCGAAUGGACUAAAUCGUGUGACACCGAUAUAUCUUCAAGAGGGUUCCAUCGUAGAGGAAGCAUACUUUUCAAAGUUGACUGUACAAAGUGGUGGCCGGAAUUGGGGUGUACGACAAGAAAAUACCCCAAUCAGAGACAUUGUUCGCAUCAAAGAUCCCCUCUUUCCAACCCCAACGUACGUUACUGACGUCAGGCUUUGGUCGGAUCGAAUUAAAGAGGCCAUUGAUGCAGGGUUUGCACUUUCGUUAGAUGGAAAGAAAGUUAGUUUAAGGAAUGACAAUGCAAUCGACAUUGUGGGCGGAAUGAUGGAACCUUCAAGCAACUCGGUGAACAGGCCAUACUAUGGUGCCAUGCACAACAGUGGACAUUUGCUCCUUGGAUAUUCUCAUGAUCCUGAUUUUCGAUACAAAGAAGAAAUAGGAGUCAUUGGAUCUACCAACACGGCUUGCAGGGAUACCAUAUUUUGGCGAUGGCAUACAAACGUCGACCUGAUAUUGCAACGUCAAAAGGCUUUUAUGCCGCCGUACACGGCUACUGAUUUGCUGUUAAACGGCGUCAGUGUAUCCGGCUUGGAAGUCCACACCCCUUCUUUGGACAUCAACACUUUGCUCACAUUUUGGAUGCAGAGUGAUGUUGAUCUAUCCAGGGGACUGGACUUUUUGAAGACGGAUAUCAACAAUUUAGGUCCAAUUUGGGCAAGAUUGACACAUUUGCAACAUCGAGAUUUUGAAUAUCAUAUUAUCGUGAGGAAUUCAAAUGCGAAAAACGUGACUGGAACAGUACGAAUUUUUGCUGCGCCUAAAUUUGACGAACAAGGAGAUCCACUUCCAUUUGAUGAACAGCGUACCUUAUUCUUCCAAAUGGAUAAGUUUACCACGACUUUGAAACAUGGGGAAAACUUGGUUCAAAGAAAAUCCAUUGAAUCUGCUUUAACCAUUCCGUGGUCCCAAACUUUUAGACAGUUGGAACGCAGCGUCUCAAGUCCGACUGGAGUUGAAGCAUUCUGUGGAUGUGGAUGGCCUCAAAAUCUCCUGGUCCCCAAAGGAAAACAUGGAGGGCUUUCCUUGGAUUUUUUCGUAAUGAUCACGGAUUGGGAAGUGGAUCGUGUCAAUGAUCCAAGAGCGGUUGGGUUGACAGAGUCGCAGAAAGCUGGCUGUGUUGAUGCAGCCAUACUGUGCGGAACGAUGGGACGAAAAGUCCCCGACGCUAAGGCAAUGGGUUUUCCAUUCGACCGACUCCCUGCACCCGUUGCAAACACUAAUGUCGCACCUGUAUCUGUGGCCGAGUUUAUUAAACCUUACCCUAACAUGAUAGCGAAGGAGGUGAAAGUUUAUCACAGAGACGUCACCGUUCUUCGCGAAGACGGUGCCCCAACAGGAUCCCGAGUGAUCAGAAUCUGAAGAAAGCAUUCACACACAAACAAACUCAACAUGGAGUACUUUUGUUUUUAUUAUACAGUAAACAUAAGCAGACUUAUGGAUUGAGAUCGAUUGUCUACAUUUCCUUGAGAUCACAGACAAACCCAUUUCUCUGAACUCUAUACAAAUCAUAUAAAACUUAGAAACAACUUAAACUUAAUGUAAGUAUUAAAGUUGUUUGUAAUCAUUAAUAAACAUCUUUGUUCAUCUGUAGAUUAGCAAUAUGUAAGGUUGAUUCCUAGGUUAACUCAUGAACAAAAGUGGUGUUUAGUUUUAGGUGGAUUUUCUAUUUGGACACAAAAAUUAUAGUAUUUGCUGAUUACGAUGAGAGUAUACUUCACAAAAUUUAAGAGUAAUACAUUUAUGUACAUACUUCUAAAUACAUUAAGGUAUACAGUUUUAUUAAUAAAAUUACACUACUUACAAAUCA